GGCAUGUGUUCGCWWUACCUAUUGACAUUGUGGAUGGUUUACAGACGAACUACCUAAUUUGUGACACAGUAACGACCGGUUUCCAGUACUUUGAGGGAUAGGGAAYCGUGYUAUACAUCAUUUCUACAACUUCUCUUGUCAGUUGAAGACUAGGGCGUCCUCAAGUCAACAUGUCAUUGGAGUUUGAAAAUCGUUCCAGCAGAUGGAAAAGGAUUUGCAGAAGAAUGAAGAAAGACCUUCUUCUUAUWCUGAUUGYGACCGGAGCUGUUUUAGGCUUCAUUAUAGGUGCCGCGAUCAACCCAGCAGUCAAUGCUGUCCAGGACCCCGAAAAUCGAGCUACAACACUCAUGUUGAUUGGAUUUCCCGGUGAACUUCUUAUGAAUAUGCUUCAAAUGGUUAUUUUACCAUUAAUUGUAGCUAGUUUGAUAACUGCSUUAGCUGAUUUAGACACUACAGCGUCAGGUAAGAUUGGUAGACGAGCUUUAUUAUUUUACCUUACAACGACCCUGAGUGCGUCUAUCUUGGGUAUGGUUCUUGUGGCCUCCAUUAGACCUGGUAAAACUGAUAAACCAGUUGGAGAAAAAUCAAAUUAUGCACCAUAUCGAAUCCUGGAUUCGUUCCUCGACCUUAUCAGGAGUCUAUUUCCCAGAAAUCUUGUGGAGGCAACGCUGCGACAACAAAAGACUGCGUAUCGGUCUGUUGUUGCUAAAUACGAUCGUUAUAACACAACAGUCGAUGUGUCUAGCCUUCCAGUCAACGAAACUAUUACAAUUAUCAACAAUGGCACACACAAUAUCACUACAAUCAGUCGUCUUGUCUACCCAGCAUCCAAUACAGUKCCAAACGGUACCAGAAUGCAAUGGGGCAUGAACAUCCUUGGCCUUGCCCUCUUUUCAGUUCUAUUUGGGUUCAUUUUGGGGAAAAUGGGCGAAAAAGGACGAGUUAUGCGUGAUUUCUUCAGAAUAUURAAUAGCAUAGUUAUGAAGAUGGUUAACAUUAUUAUGUGGUACGCCCCUAUUGGUAUAUGUAGCUUGAUUGCUACUAGGGUUGCCGACAUGGAGGAUAUACCGGCUGCUGUUGGUAUGCUGGCGGUAUUUAUAGUUACUGUUCUGACCGGUUUGUUUAUCCAUGGGCUGUUAGUACUACCAUUGAUGUACUUCAUUGUGACCAGGAAAAACCCGUACAAGUUUAUUGCUGGUAUGAGGCGUGCUUUGGUAACUGCUUUUGGAAUCAGUUCUAGUUCUGCGACAUUGCCGACCACUAUACGCUGUCUUGAAGAAAACAACAAAGUCGACGAGCGAAUCAGUAAAUUCGUGUUACCMCUGGGUGCUACGGUGAACAUGGACGGGGGAGCUCUUUACGAGGCCAUAUCGGCUAUAUUUAUUGCACAAAUCAGCAACAUUCCCCUGUCUCCUGCUAUGUUUAUUGCUACUUGUGUAACUGCGACUGCCGUGUCAAUUGGUGCAGCAGGCAUUCCAUCAGCAGGAUCGGUGACAACUAUCAUAGUUUUACAAGCUGUCAAUCUCCCACUGGAAAACAUUGGACUGCUAAUGGCUGUUGAUUGGUUCUUGGAUCGUUUUCGCACGACAAUCAACGUUCUUGGCGACUCAAUUGGUGCUGGCAUCGUGGAACAUCUAUCACGCCAUGACCUUGCCCUGGUGGACUAUCAAACAAGCAAUCAACACGACCCAAGAAGUGAACACAAUGAAUAUCCCAAUCGYCACACCGUUGAUUGUGACAAUUUGGUCAUGACUACCAUGUAGUGAUUUUAUCCCCCCUUGAAACAUCAGUUACAGUUGCCUUGCCAUUUUGUGUUAAAUACAAUCAUAAUAUAUACAGUAUUUUAGAAUUUUGUUGUGAAUCUCUAGGUAAUGAAAUAAAGUUUUUUUUGAAAAGUUGUUU